CUUUUAGAACCAUGUUUCAGUCGUUUACGUUUAUCAUUGCUGCCUUCAAUCCCAUCCGAUUUGGAUUUUAUUGUGCCAGUUCGAUAUACAGUUAAUAUUGAUGGUCAACGAUUCUUGUUGGCGGAUUUAUCGAAUCAAAAACGAUUUAAGCGUUUGUUGGUGUUUGCAAGUGAUCGUCAGUUGGAUAUUCUUUUUCAAUGUGAUUGGUUAUUUAUUGAUGGUACUUUUAAAAUAGUACCUGCUUUAUUUGCACAAUUAGUUUGUAUCGUUGGAAUUUUUGAAGGCCAAGUUGUUACGCUUUGCUAUGCGUUGGUUGAUUCGAAGCAUACUGAUGCUUAUCGUUCUAUAAUUCGUUCGUUAAAAGAAGAAGCUGUUAAACGUGGAGGUGUUUUGAAUCCAAAUUAUGUUAUGACCGAUUUUGAGGCGGGCUUGAUUAAGGCUAUCAGUGCUGAAUUUCCAACUACUACACAUCAUGUUGGAUGUUUUUUCCAUCACACACAAAGUAUAUAUCGAAUGAUCGCAACUCUUGGAUUAAAAGCAACAUACGAAAAUGUUGAGAGUGUGCGUGAUCUAUGUCGCAAAUUGAUGGCAGUUGCUUUGUUGCCAAUCGAUGAUGUUGAAGAUGGUUAUCUAGAAGUUUUAAACCAGUUGACAUUAGAAACAUUUUCUGAUACACAUGUUUUUAAUUUAAUGAAUGAUCUGAUGAAUUAUUACGAUCGAGAAUGGCUGAGAGUAAUUGGGAUGAAUAAUCGCAUCAGUCAUAAAUUAGUUGAAGCUCAUCCAAAUGUUUGGAAAGUUUUAGAUAUGUUGGUAUCAGAAGAAUUUCAUACACAUCAAUAUGUUAAUCAAGUUAUAACGGGUAGAAAACGGCCAUCACGAGCUACAAAAGAACAAAAGCGAUACCAAAAGCAAUUGGAUAAUUUAUAUGAUUUAUAUGGUAGAAAAGUUAUUGAUUUACCAACAAUGUUGAGUGGUUUGGGAUCCAUGGUAGCAAACAAUACCAAGUCCAAACAAAAGAAAAAAGAUUAG